AUGGACCGAACUCAGCUGAACAAAAAGCGCAAGAUUCUGCGGAACCAGGUGACGACGAUCCAGAACGAUCUUGACCGACGAACGGCGGGUGAAGAACCUCAGGACAUUACCGAAUUGGCAGCACGCAUCGACAGGCUACAAAGCCUCAACGCCUCUCUCAAAGAAGUCGAUAGUCAGAUCGAACCUCUUCUUACUGAAGAUGAGUUUGACCAGGAGUUCACGAAGCAGCUGGAUUAUCAAAACAGAUUGGAAAUGACCCUCUUCAUGGCAAAGGCACACGUCGACGCCCGUAGACGUGCUGUGACCACCUCUGAUAUCCCUGCCAUCGCACAUCCACAGGGAGAUGCCUCCCCUGCGCGGGUACACACCGUUCAAGCACCACAAACGCAAGCCGCUGUUCGCCUUCCCAAACUAGAAAUGCUGAAGUUCGACGGCAAACGAUGUCACUGGCAGCAAUUUUGGAGUCAAUUCAAUGUGACUAUCCACACCAAUGCCUCACUCCCUGAGAGUAGCAAGAUGCAGUACCUAAUGGCUGCACUACAAGGGGAAGCUGCGAACGCCGUGGAAGGUCUACAGUUGACUCCUGGCACUUACGAAUCUGCCGUCGAGAUUCUCCGCAAUCGUUUCGGCAACGAUAAUCUACUAAUUCAAGAACACCUCAAAAGCCUGGCGGAUAUCGAACCCGUACGUUCGAGCCGACAUCUCUACGACUUGCGGAGGCUAUAUGACACAGUCCAGGCUCACAUUCGAGGACUGAACUGCCUUGGCACUACUACAGAGUCUUACUGCUCUAUGCUGUACCCGAUCUUGCUGAGAUCUCUUCCGAUGGAUAUGGCAUUGCAAUUUAACCGUGUACUUACCGAGAAAACGGUAUCAACCGCUUCGACAUCAACCGCUUUGACAUCAGCCUCUACAGGCACAUCGUUUCACAACAACGCGUUGAAGUCAUUACUGACCUUCCUAGGAAACGAAGUAAGGCACCGCGAAGAAAUCACCCAGCGUACCUUUCAAUCUCCUCCCGAACAUGACCCCACAAAGACGCCGCACUUUCGCAAAUUUAAACCGGCGAAUGGUCGUCCAGUGGUCACAUUGCAAAACAUGGUCAAGGCAGGCAAGGGAAAUGAACGCUGCCUCUUUUGCAACAUGACAAGCCAUGCGAUAGCAGAUUGUACAAGCACAAAGUCUCUUGCCGAAAAGAAACACGUAUUAGCAGAGCAACGCCGAUGCUUCAGAUGUUGCAAGCCGAAUCACGCUGCAAGACAUUGUAGAACCCGCCCAAAAUGCCACAAAUGUGCCGGUCACCACGCAACGACGAUGUGCGACCCAGAAUAUAAGCCUCGGCCAUCUGCCCCUGCUCCCGGAACGUCCGCGGCAGUCACUCUGAAGACCACAGUCAAUCGCUCCCCCCAACGCAUUCUACUUCAGACCGCCACAGCCUGGGCACACGCAACUAAGGAGGAAGUCUUCACGCGCCUAAUCUUCGACGGCGGCAGUCAACGCACGUUCAUCACUCGUCACUUGUCGAAAGCACUCGGAUGUCAGAUCGUUCGCACAGAGCACAUCUCCAUUGGGGCAUUCGGAGUUCAACACAAUCGUCCAGAAGUACUGGAAGCCGUUGAGCUCAGUUUAAGGACUAUGCAUGGAAGAGGUGAACAUCAAAAGAUAACAGCCCUGGUGGUGGAACAGAUAUGCUCUCAAGUCUUGGACGUUCCACCUGAUGUCAUCAAAGAGCACAUGCAGCAGUACAAGCUGGCAAUAGCCGACUGUCGCGACGGUGCCCUACGUCAACAAAUAGAGAUUCUGAUUGGUGCGGGCCACUACUGCCGUGGAAACCAGUUGUGUCAAUGCUAG